AUGAGUAAAGUUUUUAUUAGUCGACAAGAUGGUAGCGUGUCAUGGGGAUUUCGACUUCAAGGUGGUUUAGAAUACAAUGAACCAUUGACUGUUAUAAAUAUUGUUCCCGAUUCACCUGCUGAUGGCAAACUUGAUCCAGGUGAUAUGAUAAUGGAAAUAGCUGGCAAUAAUGUCACGAAUAUAUCACAUCGAGAUGCGCUCGAGCUUAUUCAACGUUGUGCUAAUGCUCUUUUUCUUACAGUUCAUAAAGUCGGUUAUUCAUAUCCAGUAGGUGUAGCAUCACCACGCCCUGCUCCCAUAGCUGCCACCUGGAGACCAGCCGGGCAGCAGCAACAACAACAACAGCAGCAGCCAUAUUACCCACAAAACUUCCAACAACAGCAACAACCACCAGUACCUUAUUACCAACAGAACUUUCAACAACAACAGCCAUAUUACCAACAAAAUUUUCAGCAACCAUCGAAUUAUCAACAGCAGCCCAACUAUCAACAUGGCUUUCAACAACAACAGCAUCAACAGUAUGGUCAGUCAUCAUCUCCUAUGUUCAAUGCACCUCUUGUCGACUAA